CUUGCUCUACGUGACUUGUGGGCGAAAAGUCGGAGGAGAAGCUUUGUCCCUUCUGGCUCGCUGUAGCGCGUUAUUGUAUGUUGACGUGUGUCUGAGCUGUUCCGUUAGCUAACAAACAGCUAGCAGACACUGAACACUGAAAGUAGCUGUUUUACAGGCUGGUUUUGCGAACUCAAAAACUCACAGUAAUGGCGGAUGACUGGGAAGAGAUUCGCCGGCUUGCCGCAGACUUCCAGAGAGCGCAGUUUGCUGACACAGUGCAAAGGCUGUCGGAAAGAAAUUGCAUUGAAAUAAUUGCAAAACUAGUCCAAGACAAGAAGCUGGAUGUGGUGCACACACUGGAUGGUAAAGAGUAUGUCACCCCAGCUCAGAUCAGCAGGGAGAUCCGAGAUGAACUCUACGUGCACGGAGGGAGAAUCAACAUUGUGGACCUCCAGCAGAUUAUCAAUGUGGACUGGGUCCAUGUUGAAAACAGAGCAAAUGAAAUUGCAAAGUCUGAUAAAGGGGUUCAGCUUGUACUGGGACAGCUGAUUGAUGACACAUACCUGGACCAUUUGGCCGAGGAGGUGAAUGACAAACUGCAGGAGGCUGGUAUGAUCAGUAUUGCAGAGCUGUGUAAAAGCUAUGACCUCCCAGGAGAUUUCUUAACUGAGGAGUUGUCGAAGCGUCUUGGGAAGAUUAUCCAAGGAGAAAUGGACCAGUACAACAGAGGUGUCAUAUUUACCCCGGCUUUUGUUGCUCGCCACAAAGCUAGAAUACAAGGGCUCUUCAGUGCAGUCACAAGGCCAACACCUGUCAGCAGUAUGAUUGGAGCAUUUGGAUUUCAGGAACACCUUCUGUACUCUGUCUUGGAGGAGUUGGUGAAUAUCGGGCGCCUGAAAGGAAGCGUGGUUGGGGGGCGGCAGGACAAGGCUGUGUAUAUCCCUGAUAUCUACACCAAAACACAAAAUGCCUGGGUGGAUUCUUUUCUCCAGCAAAAUGGAUAUUUAGAGUUUGAUGCAUUGGUUAGACUGGGGAUUCCCGACCCAUCCAGCUACAUAAAGAAGCGCUUCAAGUCUAAUAAGCUGCUGUUCCUCAGAGCGGCCUGUGUGGGCCAAGCUCUGGUCGACCAGGUGGAGGCCUCUGUGGAGGAAGCUGUCAAUUCCGCCACUUGGACUGACCUCCAGCCAGUUCUGCCCAGCUGCCUGUCGACUGAGGACAUUGGGAUACUGAUUAACCAAGCUAUGAGAAACACUAACAUCCAAUCGUCUGCCAGAAUCUUGGGGGGCACCGUGGUUGUCAGUGAGAAGUUCAUCAGCAACUGCCUCUCUUUAUUUGAUGAGGCCAUGCAGCAGAAAGCUCAGAAGGAAGUUAAGAGCAAUCCAGUGUUUUUGAUAACUGAAGAGGAUCUGAAGCAAGCAUCUAUCCUGACUGAGAGCACCGCACCUUCUAAGAAGGAGAAGAGAGAAGCGGAGCGCAGGAAGAAGGCAGCAGAGGGCAGUGGCAGUGUGAAAGCAGGUGGAGGAGGCAAUGCCAGAGAGAUCCGGAUUCGUAAAACCAAGAAGAAAGGGCGGAAAGAUGAAGACAGCGAUGAGGAAACUGGACCUUCUCAACAAAAUCGCAGCAGACAGACUGAAACCCCCUUUAUGGCCCAGGAGGCGAUCGUAGCCGUUUUAGAGGAACGAGUGAGUGACUGCCCUGAAGAAAUCCUGUCUGAGUUGGCAGAGCAGUUAGUCAGGCCUCUGACUAAAGCCUACCAGGAGGUGCUGCGGACAGUGUUCAUGUCCUCCACCAGCUCUCCAUCAGGGGCCAACAAGAAGAAGAGCAUGAAGGAUCUGCAGGAAGAGAUCACCAACCUGUACAACAAUAUCCGACUAUUUGAAAAAGGCACCAAGUUCUUCUCAGAUGAUACCCAGGCCCACAUCGCUAAGCAUAUCCUGAAGACCGUGUGCACUGAUGUCAGUAACAUCCUGGUUAACUUCCUGGCUGCUGACCUGAUGAUGUCCGUGGAGAAUCCCAGCACCAUCACCAACGAGGUCAGACUGAAGAUUUUAGGCAAACUGUCAGAGGAGACCAAAGGGCCUCUUUUGAAGCUGCACAACUCCCUGAACGGCAAAUCCAUUGAAGACUUUGUGACUAACUUGGAUACCUGUGCUGAGGUUUGUGGAUUCAUGCUAAAGAAAGGAGACAAGAAAAAAGAGAGACAAGCCCUGUUCCUGCACCGCCAGGCCCUGACUGAGCAGCUGAAGGACACCGAGGAUCCCGCUCUGGUCCUCCACCUGACCAGCGUGCUGCUGUUUCAGGCCAGCACGCACUGUAUGCUGCACGCCCCGGGCCGCUGUGUGCCUCAGAUCAUCAGCACACUCACGGGGAGAAUAUCUGCAGAGCAGCAGCAGCUGCUGUCUACCUACCAGAGCCUGGUGGUGAAGCAGCUGGUGAGCCAGAGCAAGAAGCAGGAGGAUGACGAGGAGCAGGACGAGGAGGCGAGGAGCGCACGUGCUCAGGUCCAGACCCUUACACCUCAGGUGAAGGACCUGGUGCUGUCUCAGAGGAAGACGUCUGUUAAUGAGGACUGACUGAACAGUUGAAUAAAGAGGAAGGAAUGUCACAGGGUUAAAGACCUGUGCUGCUUCUAGAUCAGCUGGUGGUCCUGUAUUUUUCUAUGAUUUCUCUAUGUGGGCAUCAUUUUAAAUUAUUAAAGGAAAUCACUGUGUAUGAUGAAUAUAACACAAUUGUCCUCAGUGAGGUUCUGAUUAACUUGCGUAUUAAAUGCUCUCCUCCUCCUCAAGUGAGUUGCUUCUUCU